GCUUGUAGUAGUAACGUUUUGGAACAUAAAAACACACCAAAAAAAACAAAAACAAAAAAACAAAAAAGCAAUUUCUCAUAUUUGUAUCUUGUUAUUAGCAAAUAGUAAGUAAAGAGACAGAAAUUGAUAAUAAUUAAAACAAAUCAAAGAAACACUUAGGAAAAAAUAAAAUUAAAAAAAAAACAAAGAGUAACAAUCAAACAAAAAGGGAAGCCAUUUAAAAAAAAAUGAACAACACAGUUAUUUUCAAUUGAUAAAUAUUUCCCGAUUGGCCGAUACUAUUUAUUGAAAUCGAUAUCAGAAAUUAACCAAAGGUAUUGAAAACAGUUGUGAAUACUUUCAGAUUUGAAAAACACUUGGAAAAAUAUUUCGUUUGAAUGUCGAUAAUCGACAUGGACUCAAGAGGUCAUUUCCUUGUAGCAGGUAAGUUCAAAAGAUGAGAACGGUUUAUGAAUUUAAAUAAACUAUCAUCGGCCUAAACAUUUCUGAUUAAAAAAAAACAAAAAACUUAAACUCGAACACCUGUUUGACACUGUGUUUAAUUAUUGAUUUAAAAUUAAAGUAAAUGAAAUUGUACGUAUAGAUGACCUUGAGGCUAGAGCGCAACAUAUACUUGUAAAUAGAAACAACAUACAAAUUAAGGGAAGCAAUUUCAAAGUCAUGACUUAUGAACUGCUUGAAAAUGAUUGAAAAGAAAAAAAUAUCAUACAUAUAAAGCAAUAUACUUAAGCUUGUGGGACUUGUUGCUAAAACAGGGGUAGGCAAACUACGGCCCGGGGAACACAUCCGGCCCCAUACUUCAUAUAAUCAAUAGUGAUUUCGACGUGAAAUUGCAAGGAGCAUAUGUGUACAGCAUGCAUGGAACAGCAAAAGUAGAUGGCAUUUUCAAAGAGGUUCAACUAUUUCUAGCCCAGUACGCAACAAGAAGGGGGUUAAACAUGUGAAGUGAUAGGACUUCGUCAGGGAUGCACUAUUGUUUUGCUUCAAGUUACAUCUAGUGAAUGAAAAAAAAAAUAUCUCUCUGCUUUUUUUUUUUUUUUGGUUUUUCCUUGUGCGAGAUAUGGGCUCCCUGGAUUUGUUCUACCCCCCCGAGCUUGCCCCGAUAUCUUGUUUGGUACUUUUCACAAAUUUUCCCACACUGAAAAAAAAAAAUAUCUCUCUGCUUUUUUUUUUUUUUUGGCUUAUACUUGUGCGAGAUAUGGGCUCCCUGGAAUUGUUCUACCCACCAGAGCUUGACCAGAUAUCUUGAUUGGUACUUUUCAAAAAAUUUCCGACACAUGAGCUGAAAUAUUAUUUAAAAGAUAAUUAACAUUUUCAAAAAGCAAAAUAAAUCUUUAAAUUUAGUUUACCUUUUUUUAUAAAUUUAAUUUUUAAAAAAUAUUUGAAUAUUUCUUGAUUUAAUAUGAGCAUAAACUUUCAUUUCAGCUGUCUGUCUCAGUGUCUGUUUUCUGGGUGCCCAAAGUCAGUCUGCCUGUCAGAGCAACUUCGUGACGACACUGACCAACUGCCUCACUAGCAAGAACAUGACAACCGAAAACUUUUUCUGGGUGGCCAGAAACGGGACGAUGGGCAAGGCGGCCAGUGACAUGAAUGCAUUCAUGGCCAAACUUUGCCUGUAAGCAUUGACUGUGUGUCUCGUAAUGUGUAUUAAGCAUUGACUAUGUGUUUUGUAAUAUGUUGUACGUGCUGGCUGUGUGUUUUGCAAUGUGUGUAAGUGUUGGCUGUACCUCUCGUAAUGUGUUCAGUGUUGACUGUGUGUCUCGUAAUGUGUGAAGGCAUCGGUUGUGGCUCGUAAUGUUGGUAGCUGAGGACUGUGUGUCUCAUACCUGUGUGCCCCGUCAUGUGUGUAAGUGUUUCAGUAGUCUACUAUAUUAAAACAGCAUUUGCAGAUUUCAUUAAAAAAAAAAAAAGAAUUCGUGUGCAUUUACAAUUAAUUCGAGUCUUUGAUUUACAUCCUCUGUUUCUUUAUACAACUAGUAACCUCAAGUCAUAUAUCCAUGAAAUAAUACAUCAUCAUUUAAAAUAUAUCCACAUAUCCCAAUCUAUAUUACCAUCCGUAUUUCAUCCAUAUUACCAUGCAAAUAUCCUCUAGAUUUAGUUGACUUAUUUUUCAUGCAGUGCAAAAAAAUGUUUAGCCGUUCAUUGUUGCCUUUCCAACAUUAUAUUGGAGGGAAAUGAUUUUAUUUGACAGCAGUCGUAAACUUAAACAGGCCAAGUACAGAACUGGUCUCAGUGUAUUAUUUGAACAUAGUGUUACGAACUGCUAUCUGGAUACGUAGUUCAAUGACUUCGUGAAGUCCAGUAUAUUAUUUGAACAUAGUGUUACGAACUGCUAACUGGAUACGUAGUUCAAUGACUUCGUGAAGUCCAGUAUAUUAUUUGAACAUAGUGUUACGAACUGCUAACUGGAUACGUAGUUCAAUGACUUCGUGAAGUCCAGGGGUAAUUCCGUGGACAAUGGACAUAUGGUUGUUUAUUGAAAAAACAAACAAACCAACAGUGUGUCUUCAUUCUUCCACUUUCUCUCAGCGGCAACCCAACCGCUAAAAUUACGGCAACGAACAUGGUCAAACCUCUCAUACCAAAAUGCGUCACAAAUACAAAGUGCUUAGCAACAGCUACACAAGUAAUCUCAUCACAAAAAAAUGCACCCACAAAAAUAACCAAACCAUUAACACAUAGCGAUUUAAGAUUUAAAUAUAAUGAAUCUAAAACUGUAAACCAGUGACUUUUAAACUUUACGUACUUGGCGACGCCAAGAAAUUGAUAUAUAUACCCCAUCUUAUUUUUACCGAAAUAAAAAUGCAUUUUAAAAUGUGAAAGUAAUCGAGUUGUUGUUUUAAUUAUUUUGAUUAGCACAGAGAACUGUAGAAACCAUAAGAUAAAAUUGUGAAUUUUAGGACAAAAAGGACAGUUAAAAUGAAGAUUUUUUUAACAAAAUAUUAACGUAGCUUAUUAUAACUUUUAAAAACUUAGAAGCUAAACGUAUCCUCUGAUAUUAAAUAUUUUUUUCCUCGCACCCAUUGCAAUGUCACCUUGCAGCCACUGAAAGGCCACUUCCCACCUCAUGAAAUUCCACCUCGGAGCCCAGGUUUGGAUAACCUGCUGUAAAUCUUCAACCAAACGACCAAUCCUAUUAGAUUUUUUUUUAUUGAGAAGUGAGCUAAUUAUUUUCGAGUUGUAAUAACUCAAACUUAUAAUCCACUCGGACCAAAAUUGGAUUCCCUUAAUCACAUAAUUCUGUUAUCUUUGUGUUUUCAAUUUGUUUAUAUCGCAAAAAACUUUAAUGAUUAUAUUUAAUGUUUGUGAACUUGCUAAACUUGGGGCAAUAAUUAAACAGUGCCCAAUGGAUGGACAUAGUUGAUAUCACAAUACAAAUCCCAAUAAACCCUUUUCCAUAGUUGGCGAACGAACUUUAACUAGAAAACCAAUUGGUAGAAGUUCCGUUUUCUUAUGAUGUCUACAUUAUUUCUUCUUUUUGAUGUUUCUCGUGGAGAGAAGGAGAUCCAUAUACACAUUUGUACAACUUUUUGAAAAAAGUAUGGCAAGAAAUAUAAAUAUUAUUUGAUGAAUUUUGAUUCAGCUGAAUAAUAAUCUGUGUUAACAUAAUCUUUAAAAUAAGUUUUUGUCCGUAAACCUUAAAACUUCCUCAACACCCGUCAAUUGCAAAACAAACAAAGAAUGCUUUAAGUCAUUUUAGUGAUUCUUUAUACAUGAUGUCUGUCCCCAGCGAGAAAUCUUUCCUGUUCACCUGUGUUAAGGUAGCAGUGGAUAGCGCCCAGGCCUUACCAGACGCACAGUGCAACCAGACGCAGAAGACCGGCCUCGUUAACCUUUUUAAAGGUUUCUUCAAGACCAUCAACAAAAAAUGUGAAAAUCGUAAGUCCAUCCAUUCAUCCCUGUGGCUGCUACUUCCCAUGUGGGGCUUUGGCCUGUCUCACCACAUCACUCCACUCAGAAUCUUCUCCUUUCUUUUGCUUUUCUUUUUCCAUUCUUGGAUUCCCAGCUGCUGUAGAUCCUACUUCACGUCAUCCAGCCUGGGUCUGCCUUUGAGCCGUUUACACCUGAGGGUUUAGCGGUGCACCCUCUUCAACCCUAUGUCAUUAGGAAAUCUUUCUAAAUGUCCAGCUCAGCAUAGGAGGAAAUUUUUUUAAAAUAUUUGCUACCAGCGUGGGAUCUUCAUAUAAACUAUAUAAAUCCUGAUGGUUUCAAAUGUUCCAUCCAUAUUCAUCCUUUGCUGGUCCGUAUAUUUUCCGGAAACAAUGUCUCUCCCAUUUAUUGUUUAAUUGGCUUUGUGGCGCAUUUUUAAGGGUCCAAGGUUUACUUGCGUAUGUUGCAACUGUCUGAUUACAGUUAUAUACAUGCAAUUUUUUUUAUUUUCUAAGAAUGUUUUUACUUUUAAGUUGUUUUUUUUUUUUUGAGAAUACUGUAAGCCGGACCAGUUUUAAGUUUGGAUUCCUUAUUUAAAAAAAUAAAUAUGCAAAUCAUCUUAGCUAUUAUAGAUAAGUAUUACGGAGACACUAGAGUAAGUUCAUUUGAAAACAAUGAAUAAAACCCAACCCCAGGUUACCAGUAACGUCCCAUUCUCUGUGUUCAGCGUGCCGGGCCACGUUCAAGCAAAGUCUGACCAAAUGCUACACCGACCUCAACUUCAAACUCUCAGACUUCCUCAUCUUCAGCCCCACGUCUGCAAGGGAUUACAUCUUGGGCAUCAACAGCACAGAGGUGUCCAGAUUCUGCAGGUAUAGUUUACCCUCAGGCCAGACUUCAAACAACGAAGUGGUCUUAAAUUAAAUAAAUCAUUAGUAGAUUACUCGAUAGAGGAAACUAGAACAGACUCAGACCUCUCCAUAACUUUCUCUGCGUGUACAUGAAUUUAUUCCUUACCUUUAAAAUGUCCCAAGAGGGUUUAAAAGUUUAGAAAUUAUGAUAAGUUUAAAAAAAAAAUUAAUUUGCUUUUAAGUAGUCAUGUUCUUUUAACCGUUUUCGGAUAAGCAUGAUGAAUGAUUGACAGUUACAGGACGAAAUCAUAAUUAUAAAUUCUGCUUAAGUUACGUUUUUGUCAUAGUUUUCAUCCUUCAAUCAUGCGUUACGGGGGUGACUCAUAGAUCAUGUUUCUUCUAACCUAACAGUAACAGAACGCAACUCAUACAGUGUUUGAGGACAGCGGCGCAAGGGUGUGACGAUUCUGCAACACUCCUCGGGGCGUACGGAUUCGACAUCAACGCCGUGAAUGAAACAUACGACGUCCUGUGUAACUACACUGCAGGUAAGCUGAAUGUUUGGGUGAAAUUAUCAUUAAGGGUAAGCUGAAUGUUUGGGGGGAAAUCAUCAUUCAAUAAUAUUUAGCAAGUCAGUCCGGUUCAAACCAAACUGACCAAGAAGAAGCAACCAACCACCUCUAAAAAAAUAAGUUGUUCGAAUAAAUAUUUUAUACGGAUUUGUUAAAGUAUUUUAUUUUAUAUUAAUAUUCUAAUGUCCCACACGCUUUUACACCGCCUAUGUAUCUCACCAACUAUUUAAGAAAGACAAAAAGAAAAUACAACACACUAAUAGGCACUUGCGUUAUUCAAAAAAAAAAAAAAGAAUAUAAUUUAGUGCAGUUAUCGGGAAUUUUAUUUCGUGAAAUCUUAUUUCCUUCAUCCUACCCCUGAAAAACAGAGAUACCUAUUUUUGGGGAGGUUGAGGUUAGGUAGCGAGGCUGAAAAUCGGAAGCAGCGUUUGUAAUCGGCAACGCGUCAAUUUCUCAAGUUUCAGCUCGAAAGGUUGACGGGAAGUGGUUCAAGUAAAUGUAAGAAUAUUUUGCCACUCAGCCAGAAACACACGAACAAACGCGAAGUAAAUAUAAAGAAUUAAAAAAUACAUCUAUUAUUUGAUAUCGAUAAUUUUUUUGAAUGCCAAUUAGCAGACAAACGAACUAAUUUAACCCCAACCUCAUUCCCGGGUAAACACGUCACGAUUGACAAUAACUCAUGAAAAAAAUUGUUUGAAAUCCAUCAGUUUACCUGGAGACCACCAAAUGUUUCGAGUUCCCCAUCAACCCCGUUCUCACCUGUCGCAAUGCCGUGUCUGCUAAAGUGACCACGCUGGACAGUCAGCUGGAGGAUCCGGCCAUUACGGACACACAGUACAUGGACGAGAUUUGCAGGUACGCACCGCUCAACAACAACACUCUUGUCUAUUAGUACUGUGUAAAAGUCGGUGGGGAUAAUAUAGAUUUGCGAUUAGUAGUGCAUAAGCUUUAGCAAUUGAUUUUGUUAUUUUCAUUUGCAAAUUAAACAGCCCUUCAAAACAAAUUUAUUUUUAGAAAAACUUUAAAGGCAAUUUUAAUAAUUUAAUUCGUAUACAUAUUUUAACGUCAUACACGCUUUUACUUCGCAGAUUUACUAGUCCAACUGUUUAGAAGAAAAAAAAGAAAAAAGUAAAUAUUACGCGCCAAACGCAUUUGCGAUAUUUUUAAGAAUCUCAUUUAGUGCACUUGUCAUGAAAGCAGUGGCAUCACUUUCUUUCAUUUUCAGUUGAAAGAAUGGUUGGGAUAAAAAUGUUAAUAGAAUGUGUUGUCAUCGGAAACUAGUCUAUUUGCCAAAAUUUCAGUUCAAUAGUUUAACGGGAAGUGGGUCAAUUAGCCGUCCGUAAAUUUUGCACAAAACCAGAAAAUAACAGACGAAAAAAAAAAAAAUGCGAAGUAGAUAUAAAGGCUUUAAAAAUGCAUAACCUCUUUCUGUGAUUUUUUUUUAAAUUUAUUUAUUUUUUUUUGUUUUGAAGUGUUGAAGAUCAAUAUUUUUUUUAAUGUGUUGUAAUCGGAAACUAGUCUAUUUGCCAAAAUUUCAAUUCAAUAAUUUAACGGGAAGUGGGUCAAUUAGCCGUCCGUAAAUUUUGCAAAAAACCAGAAAAUAACAAACGAAAAAAAAAAAAAAUGCGAAGUAGAUAUAAAGGCUUUAAAAAUGCAUAGCCUCUUUCUGUGAUUUUUUUUUUAAAUUUAUUUAUUUUUUUUUGUUUUGAAGUGUUGAAGAUCAAUAUUUUUUUAAAGUUUAAAAUGAAAAUUCAAAUUGUAAGAAAUUGAUUUUCAUGACAACAACAACAACAACAAAAAAUGUAAGAAUAUUCCAGUACAAAAAUUCAUUUGUUAAAAUUCCUCCAUCAUACCUUAGAUAUACUUUAACAAUUGAAUUUUUAAUUGAAUUUUACUUUUAAAAUCUUUCGUCCGCGAAUCCUUUUAUGGGGAGAAAAAAAGGUUCGUUGAUUUUUUGUACUGCUUGUUGAUUCAUCACUUCAGUUCGUGUUCUUGCUUGAUCUUGAAUGCCCCUGGCCUGUAUACUCACUCUUGUCCCCCUCCACAGGACGAGACUCAACCAGCUUGAAUGUGAGAUGAAGGCGGUCAAGGCGGACAACGACACGGUCAAGUGCAACAGCAUCGUGGUGGGUCUGAGGAAGCAGCAGGAGUGCCUGCUCCUGCCCAGGCAGUGCAGGGAGUCCAACCAGAACAGCGUGGCCGCGCUCUGCAUGGAGUCCGAUUUCAUGGUAGCGGAGAGGACGACCUUGACCCUGCAGCUUAAUUCCGCCGACCACGCGCAGUGGGCAGUCACAGCCAUGUUGGUUGUCUUCGUCUCAGCCCUGUUUGCAAUGUUUUGAUGGGCUGUUCUGUCACACAACGUCAUGGGUUGUUCCGUCAUGCAGCGAAUUACAUACAUCGUGUAAUGAUAUUGUACAUUUAAAGACAUUCACACCAUCUUACGUGUUUCAUUUCCUUUUUGCUGAUUUCAUUUAGUUGCACGACCAGGUGCGUCAUCUCUCCACUGACCCAACAAGCCAAAAUUGUCAUUUUUCGUUAUCGUAACUGAGCCCUUGUUAUAGAUAAAAUAAUUUUUUUUUUUUUUAAAUUUCACCCUUUACCCCCUCUCCCUCCCCCCUCCACACAUACACUUAUCCGAAGUUACAGAGUUUCCCUUCUUUUUGUUAAAAUUUGCCAUUCUGAUCAAGCCCUAGUUAUUGAUCCCCUGCAAAGUGUUCCACAAUUCAUGGCACUGGAACUUUACGACAAUAACAUGGGCAAAUGCUCGAGAAUGGUUGGGAAUUUUUUUGGGAGUUGCUGAUGUGCAGAAGUACCUUUAAUGAUAACAUCAUUUCAUGGGUUUAGUAAAAAUAUUAUAUAUUCCCAUUUUGUAAAGCGUUAUCCUACAGAUGAAUACACUAACCAUUUUUUUAGGCC